UGUAUUAAGUAAACAUUAAAUCUUCAGACCAAAAUAAUAACCUAACCCAUGGAUCCUCUUAACCAAGUUCGUUCAUGUCAUCUCUUGUGCCCAAAAGAACGAUAUGAAAAAGAAAAAGAGCAUACCAAACCGGCAAAAAUUAGCGGACAAAGCUUUCAGUUCAACUAUCGCAUAGUCAAAACUUCCUGUUUCAACGAAAAUUCCAAUAAUCUCCAUUCUCUAUUUCAUUGCAGCAAAAAAGAGGGUGAAGAAAUAUUUUACGAUACUUGCGAAAAUUGUCACAUGAAGAUCGAAACAGAUACCUAUUACUUUUGCAGCUACUGUAAUGGUCCAUAUCACAAAGAAUGUGUUGAGUCUCCUUCUAUUUACCAUUCCUCUGAUCAUCCAAAGCAUCCUCUUCAACUUCUCUGGUCUGAGCAAUACCCUAAUUCAAGAUGUUGUUCUUGUCAAGGUUACUGUCCUUUUUCUUGUCUAUUAUACUAUUGCCUUGUUUGCGAUUUUGCACUUGAUGUUAUUUGCUCGAGAAAACCAAUAUCCCUUAAGAUAUACAAUCCUAAAAGGCACAAGCAUACCCUCCAUUACUUUCCCAGGAAAUCUACUUUGGCUUGUGAUGUUUGUGGAUUGGUGGAUGAUGAUUAUUCUCACUUAUUAUACACAUGUCUCCUAUGUGAUUUCUUUGUUCAUAAAAGGUGUAUCGACUUACCAUAUGUUAUAAAGGUAUCUCGUCAUAAUCACCGUCUCGCUUUUACUCCUAGUAACCCUUUCAAGGAGUCGGCUGAUUGUGGAGUUUGUUAUCAAAAGAUAGACAUAAACUACGGAGAAUAUUCUUGUGUGAAAGGAUGCAUUUAUGCAAUGCACUCUAGAUGUGCACUACGACGCGACGUGUCGAACGGGAAAGAACUUGAAGGAGAACCUGAAGAAACAUAUGAAAAUACUAAAAUAUUUGAAGAUAAAGGUGAUGGAGUUAUACUGCAUCAGGGUCAUCCUUGUCAUCAAAUAAAACUUGAAAAACAAUUCCAUGAUGAAAACAAGCAUUGUCAAGCGUGCAUGCUUCCGUUCUACGGUGAUGGUAAUGUGUAUCGUUGUAUGCAAUCAUGUGAUUUCAUUUUACAUGAAUCAUGUGCAUAUCUUCCCCGGGUGAAACAAUUUAUGCUACAUGUUCAUCCAUUGAUCCUAGAGCUCGCGUAUACCACAAGUUGCUUCAUGUGUAGGAAAUGUGACCGUAACUCAUGCGGUUUCGCGUAUGUGUGUCCGAUCGAGGGAUGUGAUUGGAAGCUAGACACGCUGUGUGCUUCUAUUUGUGAGCCGUUUAAUCAUUACUCUCAUCCACAUCCCUUGUUCAUAACUUGUGGUGAAUACACAAGCAUACCGUGUUAUAUUUGUCGAUACCGACAGGAACAACCUUUAGAUUGUGUUGAAUGCGGUUUUGUUCUGUGCUUUCGUUGUGCCACUCUUCCACAUAAAUUAAGGUACAAGCAUGAUGAGCAUUUGCUCGUAUUUUCGUACAAAGAAUAUGCAGAUGAUGAUGAACUUUACUGGUGCGAAAUAUGCGAAAAAGAUAUAUUUCCACAUGAGGAAGGAUUAUAUGCAUGCAACGAGUGUGAAGUCACCCUCCACGUCGACUGUCUAUUGGGAAGGGAUCCGUAUAUGAAAUCCGGACAAACUGUUGUUACAUCUGACAAGGAAACGAUUCAUUAUCUUCCAAACACUCAUCCAACUCGACCUAUAUGCAAAACUUGCGGAAGGCAUUGUCCUUACAAAAUAAAGAUAAAGACAUCUGGUGGAGACCUAUUCUGUUCUUAUACUUGUUAUGAAGAAUAAUUAUCCGACGAUAAUCUCUAGGUAUUUAGAGAUUUCUUUAUAAGUUAAAGCUGUAUCAAAUAAUAUGUUAUCAGAUAUUUCAUGUUUUCUUUUU